AUUUAAAUUUUGUUUCGUUGGCUUCGCUGACUUAUCAGUGACAGUUUAGUGUUCCCGCCACAAGUAAAUAAAUAAAUGUUACUUCAUUGAUGUUAGUUAAUUGUGCAAAAUAACUUUAAUAAUGUCAUUAACACAUCCAGUGGAAGCGUUAAAUUUAGAUUUCAAACAACAGCGUUUGUUUGUGAAUUUUUUCAACAGUUUACCUGAGAAACCGUCUUCGACUUUGCGUUUCUUCCACCAUGGCGAUUUCUACACCCUCCACGAUUCCGACGCCACCUCCGCCUCCACUUUCACCGGCAACAUCAUCAAAUUCAUGGGGGACGACCCCAAACUCUCCUACAUUGUCCUCCGAAAACCCCAAUUUGAGAACUACAUCCGGGAGUUGCUCCUCGUGAGGCAAUACCGCGUCGAGGUCUACGUCAAAUCCGCCCCGAACAAGGUCAACGACUGGACUCUGGAAUACAAAGGCUCCCCCGGGAACCUCUCCCCCUUCGAGGAAAUCCUCUUCGAGAAUGCCUCUAUAACCUUCAGUAACUACGUCAUGGGGGUGAAACCACUCAAAGGGCGGAUUAUAGCAGUCGCAGGUGUGAAUUCAACCGAAUUGAAGAUUCAAGUGUGUGAAUUCAGUGAUAAUGAGUGUUUCACCGAAUUAGAGGCCUUGAUUGCGCAAGUGGGCCCACGGGAAUGUGUCAUUCCACAGGGGGAAUCCCCCGAUUUGCUAGAAUUGAAAAAAGUACUAGAACGGAACAGUGUUUUAGUUGCUAGGGCGAAAAAGUCCGAUUUUGGGACCGAAAACGUGGUCCAGGACCUGGAUAGACUCCUCUACUUUGCUGAAGGACAACAAAGGAGUUGUCUCAGUUGUCCUGAAACCCACAACAAGGAGGCCUUGACUUGCCUGAAUGCCGUCAUCAAAUUCCUCAAUUUGAUUGGAGAUGAGCAAAAUUUCAACCAAUUCAAACUUAGCACUCUUGAUAUUCAUCGAUAUGUCCGUUUGGACAAUGCUGCACUUUACUCUCUUAAUAUCCUCCCUCCAUUGGGGGUGGUCACGAUUGAUGACCCUCUUAUACCUCAAAAAAGUAAAAAUUUCAGUUUGAGGGGGAUUCUAGACCAUUGUGUGACCAAUCAAGGUCACCGACUACUCGAAACCUGGAUCAAGCAACCAUUGAAAGACCUCAAUUUGAUCAAAGAGCGUCAUGAUAUAGUUGAAAUUUUCGUGAAAACUCCUCAAUUGAGGCAAAGUUUGCAAAGUGAGGUUUUGACUCGUUUACCUGACCUCCUCCUCCUCUCCAAGAAACUAUCAAGUAAGCGAGCGUCUCUCCAAGACUGCUAUAAGGUGUAUCAAGUCGUCGCGGCUGUUCCCCUCCUCCUCAAAAGCCUGAAAGAAGUUGAUAAUCCGGUCCUCAAAUCGGUGGUCAUCCACCCGAUUGAGGAACUUCGGAAUGACCUCGAGAGGUACCAAGCCAUGAUUGAGGAGUUACUAGAUUUGGAUCUAGUCGACCGGGGGGAGUUUCUAGUCAAGCGUAGUUACAGUCCUCAAUUGGAGGAAAUCUACACCAGGAAACUUAAAAUUGAGGAAAAAAUGCAGAAAUUGUUGCGUUCAGCCGCCUCUGAUUUGGGUUUUGAUGAGGAGAAAACAAUCAAGUUGGAGUAUACCGACCAACACCGGUACUUUUUUCGCGUGACCUUGAAAGAGGAACCGGCUUUGAGGUCAAAUUCACGUUACAAGGUCAUCGAUGCGGUCAAAGGUGGCGUUAGAUUCACUUGUGAUAAGUUGGGCGAGCUUAAUGAUGAUUAUGCCGAGGCACAAGCCGAGUAUUGUGAGCAACAAAAGUCUAUAAUUUCGGAAAUUUUCGAUGUCGCAGCCGGCUAUGGCGAUUGUUUGAGGACCUUGAACAUGUACAUAGCCAUGGUUGAUGRUUUGGUGUCAUUUGCUAACGUUGCAGUGUGGGCACGUGUGCCCUAUACUCGUCCUAAAAUGUUCGAGUCUGCGCAAAGGAACCUCAAAUUGUUCAAAGUGCGACAUCCGUGUAUCGAACAACAGGAACAUGUGUCUUUUAUACCAAACAGUGUCGAGUUUGACUCAAAUCAAACCUUGCACAUCAUCACGGGUCCCAACAUGUGUGGUAAAAGUACCUACAUUCGGAGUAUUGGGGUUUGUGUACUUAUGGCCCAAAUCGGGUCUUUUGUUCCUUGCAAUUACGCCGAAAUACCAAUAGUUGACGCGAUUUUGGCACGAGUUGGCGCUGAGGAUUGCCAACUUAAGGGUUUGAGCACCUUUAUGGUCGAAAUGAUCGAAACUGCGACGAUUAUCAAGAGUGCCACGCCGAAUUCGCUUGUUAUUAUUGACGAAUUGGGGAGGGGAACAUCCACCUAUGAUGGGUGUGGCUUAGCCUUCGCCAUCGCUGAGUUUUUGGCCAAAGAAGUGGGUUGUUUCGCCCUAUUUGCCACUCACUUCCACGAGAUUACGCGUCUGGCCGAGAUGCACCCCUGUGUGAGGAAUAAGCACGUGACCGCCGUCACGACCGAUAACACCAUUACGCCCCUUUAUCAGGUCAGGGAUGGGGAGUGUGAUAACAGUUAUGGGGUGCAUUGUGCGACGAUGGUUGAGUUUCCUGAUGAUGUGAUACAGUCAGCGAUUGAGCAUCAGGAGAAGAUGGAGCACUCGGCGGGGAUGCAGUUUGUGAAGGAUUUUGAGCAGGUUUUGAAACGACAAGUCGUUAUAGAAGGGGAUAAGAUAAUUGAAGAUGCGUUAGAGAAGGUGAAGAAUUUGGAGGUGGGGAAGUUGUCUGAUGAAGAUUUGGUCAAGGAAAUUGGGAAAUUAAAAGAGGAAGUUGAAGGUUAUGGGAAUUUGUUUGUGAAAGGAUUGCUGACUGUUUAGUUUUUUCAAUAAAAUUUUUUGAAUCUGU